AUGGUUGAAGAUGAUGUCGGCCGCGUCAGGCUGGCCCUCUUUGGCUGUGAGGUCCUCCGGCUUGUACGGCCGUAUCUUCAUAUCCCUCGGAUCAGCGAGGCCUUCCUUGAUGCUGAGAUAGAGAGCCUUGAGACUCUCAGAUGGGCACUAAAUGGAGGCCACCCACGGAGGAGGCAGAAUAAGUUCCUAAAGAAACUUCGUGGCGGCUUGCAUGACGAGUGGCUCCAUGAUAUCAGGAAGCAGGCGAUGGAGGUACUGCUUUCGUUGAAGGAGAUCGGCGACCCGUGA